UUGGUCAUGGCAGGCGUAUCUGUCCUGGUAGGCUAACUCAUGGUUGAUCUGGCAGUGUUAUGACAAAUGCCUUUGGCAGGUCAUUGGUUUGCAGAGAAUGGUCUGUGGACCACAUUUGCCACCAUACUCGCCGUCUUGCGCAUCGAUCAUGCCAAAGACUCAAACGGAGACAGGAUUGAUGUGAAGCCGGAGUACACCACUGGCUUGGCCAUUCACCCUGAACCAUUUCACUGCUCGUUUGAAGUCGUGAACACAACGAGAGAAGCACACAUCCGAGCUAUGAUGAAUUCGAAGUAGACUUAGUUUGUACUCGAGGUGGUCUGACAUAUGAUAUGGUGCAAAGUGUACUGGAUGACACGGUUUUACGGUCUCUGCUUUUGUUUGUGUUUGAUGAACAAGAAAAUAAAUUGAC